AGCGACGGCGGCCGGGAGGCGGAAGUGGAGGAGGUUGUGGCUCCGAGGGCCGCGCUCAAGGAGCUGCUGCUGCUGAGGCGGCGGCGGCCGCCCUGAGGCGGUAGCGACCCUGCUGGCCCCUGGCUACUCGGCCUCUCGGCUCGCCCCUCAGCCCCACUUGAGCCCGCCGGGGCCCGCGCCGGCCAGCACCUGCCCUAUGAGUGUGUCACUGGUUGUCAUCCGACUGGAGCUCGCGGAACACUCGCCUAUCCCCGCCGGCUUCGGCUUCACUGCCGCAGCCGGGGAAAUGUCUGAUGAGGAGAUCAAAAAGAAGACACUAGCUUCAGCAGUGGCCUGUUUAGAAGGGAAGUCACCAGGAGAGAAAGCAGCGGUCAUACAUCAGCAUCUUGGCCGCCGAGAAAUGACAGAUAUAAUCAUUGAGACCAUGAAGUCCAGCCCAGAUGAACUAAAAACUACAGUAGAAGAAGAAAAGUCUUCAGAAGCAACUCCCACUGCACAGAGAAGUAGAGAUCAAAGUAAAGAAUGCGUAAAUGCUGCUCCCGAUUCUCCAUCCAAACAGCUUCCAGAGCAGAUUUCAUUCUUCAGUGGAAACCCGUCAGUUGAAAUAAUUCAUGGUAUUAUGCAUCUGUACAAGACAAAUAAGAUGACCUCCUUAAAAGAAGACGUGAGGCGCAGUGCCCUGCUGUGUAUUCUCACAGUCCCUGCUACAAUGACCAGUCAUGACCUUAUGAAGUUUGUCGCCCCAUUUAAUGAAGUAAUUGAACAAAUGAAAAUCAUCAGAGACUCUACUCCAAACCAGUAUAUGGUGCUGAUAAAGUUUAGUGCACAGGCUGAUGCAGAUAGCUUUUAUAUGGCAUGUAACGGCCGCCAGUUUAACUCAAUAGAAGAUGAUGUUUGCCAGCUGGUCUACGUGGAAAGGGCUGAAGUGCUGAAAUCGGAAGAUGGUGCGAGCCUCCCCGUGAUGGACCUGACCGAGCUCCCCAAGUGCACAGUGUGCCUGGAGCGCAUGGAUGAGUCUGUGAACGGCAUCCUUACCACAUUGUGUAACCACAGCUUCCACAGCCAGUGUCUACAGCGCUGGGACGACACGACGUGUCCCGUGUGCCGAUACUGUCAAACACCAGAGCCAGUCGAAGAGAAUAAGUGUUUUGAGUGUGGCGUUCAGGAAAACCUUUGGAUUUGUUUAAUAUGUGGCCACAUAGGCUGCGGACGGUACGUGAGUCGACAUGCUUACAAACACUUUGAGGAAACCCAGCACACGUAUGCCAUGCAGCUGACCAACCAUCGUGUCUGGGACUACGCUGGAGAUAAUUAUGUCCAUCGACUGGUUGCAAGUAAAACAGAUGGAAAAAUUGUACAGUAUGAAUGUGAAGGUGAUACUUGCCAGGAAGAGAAGAUCGAUGCCUUGCAGUUAGAGUAUUCAUACUUACUAACAAGCCAGCUGGAAUCUCAGCGAAUCUACUGGGAAAACAAGAUCGUUCGGAUAGAGAAGGACACAGCGGAGGAAAUUAACAACAUGAAGACUAAAUUUAAAGAGACCAUUGAGAAAUGUGAUAACCUGGAGCACAGGUUAAGUGACCUCCUGAAAGAAAAGCAGGCCAUGGAGAGAAAAUGCACUCAGCUCAACACGAAAGUGGCCAGACUCACCACGGAGCUCAAAGAGGAGCAGGAAAUGAAUAAGUGUUUAAGAGCCAACCAAGUCCUCCUGCAGAAUAAACUGAAGGAGGAGGAGAGGGUCCUGAAGGAGACCUGCGACCAAAAAGACCUGCAGAUCGCCGAGAUCCGGGAGCAGCUGCGCGACGUCAUGUUCUACCUGGAGACGCAGCAGCAGAUCGGCCAGCUGCCCGCAGAGGCCCGGCAGGAGAUCCAGGAGGGGCAGGUCAGCAUCGCCGUGGCCUCCGCGGCCGGCGCCCCCGCCUCAGGGGCCGCCGGGAAACUGCCCUCCAGGAAGGGCCGCAGCAAGAGGGGCAAGUGACCUUUGCAGAGCCGACGUCCCCGGGACCACUCUCCUGGCACUCUGUGUGCUGGAGCUUUCAGCUGCGGGGAGGGUGGGCCCUGACUAAGUACAUCAAGUGGGGACCAAGCCCGAGUAGUUUGGAUCCUUUUUUCCCAGCGUGUG